GUAGGUGUUGUUAUUUUGUGUGAAGGUACGAAGUGCACCAUCCAUGAAUUUUAGCGAAAAGGGUGCGAGAUAAAGCAACACUCUGAGUGCGUACGGCGAACCCGUCAAUCUGGCAAUGAUGACGUCGCCAUCACCAUCACAGUUCGCCUACGGGCAACCCACGGGGAGUUCGUUAAUCCCUUUCUUUGCUGGGCCAGGCCCCCAAGGUGGUGGGGGCUCUGCGCAGAACAUCCAACAACAGAGAGCGGAUAUGGCGGAUUUCGAACGAUUCCAACAGGGCUCUAAUAGAAUAUCCACGCCAACGUUACCGUCUCCGGGGGCUCGCGCUGGACAAAUGGCUGUUGGGGGUGCUAGACCCAUCGGACCUCAGAGCAACACCCAGCAGAACAGCGCUCAGCGGUUCAAUGAGCAGAGUCCUAUGCUAUGGCGGAACGGCGGCGGAGGAAGUUUUAUGGGAGGACCUCGAGGGAAUCCUUUCAACUCGAACCCAUCCUUAGACCUCUCCGAAUUCCCUUCAUUAACAAAUCGGGAUUCGAGUACGACCAUCAACCCAAUGUCCGGCAGAACACCUUACGUUAUGAGACUCAACCAGCCUUUUGCAUUCGGAAUGGUGAAGAACCCGAAUAGCGAAUCGAGUGAAUUCCAUAUUCAAAACGAGGACUUCCCCGCGUUACCUGGCUCAAACCACAACAGUCAGCCUCCACAACCAGGCCAAGAGCAGCCCAUUUCGCAACAGACAAGUGCGACGAAGAACGGCCUAAGUAACGGUCUAUCGUCGAAUUGUCACCAGAUAGUAACGCCGGAGAAGACGGUGAACGGCGAACGUCAGCUGAAAGAAAUCAGUUCGCCAGAAUCACCCCAACGGAAACAAAUCAUUACAACAAAGGAGGGACGAGUUAGUAACAUACCGCAGGGCAUGAUUCGAGAUCAGUACGGAAUGGUAGGACUGUUGACCUUCAUUCGAGUGGCCGAAACCGAACCAAAUCUCGUGUCGUUAGCAUUAGGAUCCGAUUUGACUUCGCUAGGAUUGAAUUUGAAUUCUCAAGAAAAUUUAUUCACCGUGUUCGGAGGGCCGUGGGCAGAUCAGGCGUUGCGGCCCCACGAAAUCGAGUACAACGUCCCUCAAGAGUACCUAAUCAACUCUCACAUCAAGGACAAACUGACUUCGGUUAAGCUGAGUCGCUAUAACGAAGACACGCUAUUCUUCAUGUUUUAUAUGUUCGGCGGAGACAUCAUGCAGCUUGUGGCUGCGGGCGAGCUGUAUAACCGAGAUUGGAGAUUCCACCGAGACGAACGGGUAUGGAUCACCCGGGCGGGCAUCAGUCCCACCGAGAAAACGAAUACGUACGAACGUGGCACGUAUUAUUUCUUCGAUCCUGUCAAUUGGCGCAAGGUAGCCAAAGAGUUUCAUUUAGCCUACGAGCGACUAGAAGAGCGACCUCCGCAGCUUGGCUUUCCGACUGGCUUGUGAUCAUUCAUCAACUUUUCGUCGUCGUCGUCGCCGUCGUCGUCGUCGAUAAUAGGGGAGGCAGAUGGAUGGUUGAUAGAUGGUGGAUGGAUGUAUGAUAGAAGGUCGCUCGCUCGUUCGUUUGCUCGGUCUCCCACUCGCUCGAUCACCCUUUUCCGUUCUCCGGCGCACGAUCCGCUCUGCUUCGCGAGUCGGAGAGGUGAAAUAAUUGAAAGAAAACGCAAAUACUCGGACAGGGGAACGGAUGAAAAGCAGAUCGCUCCACAUGUAAACCUUCAAGUCGACCUGAACGCAUCCGCUCCUUCGUCUGAGCUCCUACACCGUGGUGGUCGUCUCGUAGCUUCCACAUCUCGUUCGAAGGAAACCCGACGCAGCCACUUCCUUAGUCAUCGCAUUGGAGGUUGGCAACGGAGG